AUGCGAUUAAACCUGAGAAAUACGUUGACAGUAUUUCGAAAUGAUGUCGAUGUACAGCAUUCAUUAUUUUCGGCUUCAUUUGCUGUAAUAUUAAUCAGUAUGGCGUAUAUAUUUCGUGUUGAACAGUGGAAAUUUGAAUAUGUAGCCUAUUUCUUGUCGAUUCCAAUGGCGGUUUUGUUGUGCGGUUGGCGUGCACGUUGGAAUGCAGCGCAGGCAUCUUUUCUUGGUGGUACAUUCACGUUGUCUUUAUUAUGCGCAUAUACAACAAGUAAUUUGUAUUUAUCAAUAUUCGCGUGGUAUUUCGCAUGCAUAGCGGCAUUUCACUACGGAGAAUUCCUGAUGACAGCGUUAACAAACCGAUCAGACUUGAAUGCUACAUCAUAUCUUCUGGAUCAUUCAGUAGCAUAUUGGGCAGCUGCUCUGAUAAGUUGGGUGGAAUAUGCCGUAGAAGUACGUUUCUUACCGCUUUUGAAAAAUAUUACUAUAAGUUACAUUGGAUUAGGACUCAUUAUAUUCGGUGAAAUUUUACGGAAACUUGCUAUGGUUCAUGCGAAUGGCGGAUUCACGCAUAUGAUUGCAAUCGAAAAGCGUCCAAGACAUAAAUUGGUCACUAGUGGUGUGUAUGGUUUCGUACGACAUCCAGGAUAUCUUGGCUGGUUACUCUGGUGCUUGGGUACCCAAGUAAUGCUCUGCAAUCCAAUGAAUAAGGGGAAUCCAUCAAUCGAUUAUGAAGAUCUAGAAUCAGAAUUUGACUAUGCAAAUGAUGCUGGAAGCAGUAUCGACAGGGGAAGAGGUUGUCGAAUACGAAAUGAUGAAUUAUGGAAGAAACCACAAUUUGGAGAAACUGCCUUACCAGAUCGAAAAAAAGCAAAAGGCGUAUUUGAUAAAGAACAAUCCUGUUUUGAAAGACGAAAACAACGUUUAAUGACAUUGGAUGUGUAUACGCGGCACAAAGAACUCAUAAAUCAGUAUUAUCUCUGUUACCCAGGUGCAACAGCAAAACUGCAGAGAGAUACAUCCCGAGAUCGAACUGAUUAUGAAGUCCUCAAAGAUAAUCACAGAUUUCUUUGGAAUGAUGAUGAGUUAAUGAAAGCAGCAGAAAAGUCGUGGGAAGCUCGUUUAGCCAAGCGAUAUUAUGAUAAACUUUUCAAGGAAUAUUGUAUUGCCGAUUUUUCGCAAUACAAAAAGAAUAGAAUAGCCAUGAGAUGGCGAACUGAAAGGGAAGUCAGGUCAGGAAAAGGCCAAUUUGAAUGUGGUAAUAAAAGAUGCACAGAAAAAGACGACCUUAGUAGUUGGGAGAAUAACAUAAAGAAAAAUGCUCUUGUCAAGUUACGACUAUGUCCCGAAUGCUCGAAAAUGCUCAAUUAUCAUUCGCAGAAAAAGAAACUGGGAAAGAAAGACAAACGUAGAAACAUAAAUAAAAAGACAUUAUCUAAUGCUAGAAGCCGAAACGAAGAAUUCCCGGAAGCAGAUGCUUCAGAGAUUCAGAAAUCUGAAAUUUCCAAAGAGAUACCCAAAGAAGUAGAACAGAAUAUUGAUGAAAAAAUAGAAAAAGAUAAUUUAAUGGAAAUCUGGAGAAAAUCGCCGGAAGACAAUGAUCCGGAAAAGGUUGCUGAGCAGGAACUUGACGAUUUCUUGGAUGAUUUAUUGUUAUAG